AUGUCUUCAACACCAUCCCCUGUGUCCCCAGUGGACGAAAAAAAGAUUGACGCCCUCCCAACCUCAAGAGAGAAUGAAAAUGCGACUACCAGCGACGCGGGUCGUCUCCACGCCCUGGAACAACUAGAAAUCCUCCCCAAGAUGCUCCAAGAAGGGAUUCUCUUCGCCGGUUCAGGAGCAACCCUCCUCCUGCAAGCCGCCCUCCCCGGCAUCCGCGAAGGAACCACAGGCGGCCACAAAGAACUAGCCACGGAGCUCAUCGACGCCCUCCAAGCCCACAUCAGCUACAUCUCCUGUCUCGUUUUCGGCACGCGCACAGAGCGCAAGACGCUCAUCGACCUUCUCCACAACGGCGAACCACCACUCCUGGGCGGCGGCCGCUCAAACCGGUUCGCGCACCACCCAGCACAGCAGCUCUGGAUGGCAGCUACGAUCUACGCCACAGCAACAGACUUCUACCAGCGCGUCUAUGGGCGCGUGGACUAUGCCAGUGCCCAACGUGCGUACAGUGAAUUCACACUGCUAAUGAACUGUCUGGGUGUGCCGAGCGGCACGUGGCCCGAGACCCGUGCGGCGUUCUGGUCGUAUUGGGACGAUCAGGUGUCGCAGCUGACCGUGUCGAGCGAUGCGGCGCAAUUCGCGAAGGAUUUGCGGGAGAGCACGGAGAUGCCGCGGUGGGUGCAGACCAUGAAACCGUUUUUGAGGGCGACGACUAUUGAGAUGUUACCGCCGAAGCUGAGGGAUGAUUAUGGGUUGAAGUCUACUGUCAGGACGCGGGCGAUCUACCGGACUUGGAUGGGAUUCAGCGUGGCUCUUUAUCCGGCCAUGCCUAAUAAAUGGAGGGCGUAUCCGUUGAAGUUUUAUCAGGACAGGUUGAAGGAGAAGUUGAAUGUGGUUUGA